AUGGUCGGAUACACAAUUUCCUCAAAGCCCGUGUCGGUGGAGGUCGGCCCCGCCAAGCCUGGCGAGACUGCCCCCCGACGAAACGUCAUUGCCAAGGACGCCCCUGUCGUCUUCCCCGACAACGACUCGUCCCUGACCACCGUCUACAAGCUGUUCAAAAAGUACGCCGAGAUCAACAGCGAGCGAAAGGCCAUGGGAUGGCGAGACACCAUCGACAUCCACGUGGAGACCAAACAGGUGACCAAGGUCGUGGACGGAGUGGAGAAGAAGGUGCCCAAGGAAUGGAAGUACUUUGAGAUGGGCCCUUACAAGUGGCUCUCAUACAAGGAGGCCCUUAAGCUGGUCCAUGAUUAUGGAGCUGGUCUUCGACACCUCGGAAUCAAGCCCAAGGAGAAGAUGCACAUUUACGCCCAGACCUCCCACCGAUGGAUGCUCUCUGGCCUGGCUUCUCUGUCUCAGGGUAUUCCCAUUGUCACUGCCUACGACACUCUUGGAGAGGAGGGUCUCACUCGAUCUCUCCAGGAGACCAACUCGGUCAUCAUGUUUACCGACAAGGCUCUGCUGAGCUCUCUCAAGGUCUCUCUCAAGAAGGGCACCGAUCUGCGAAUCAUCAUCUACGGAGGUGAUCUGACCCCCGACGACAAGAAGGCCGGAAACACGGAGAUUGACGCCAUCAAGGAGAUUGUUCCAGAUAUGAAGAUCUACACCAUGGACGAGGUUGUCGCUCUCGGCCGAGAACACCCCCACCCCGUGGAGGAGGUCGACUAUGAGGACCUGGCCUUCAUCAUGUACACCUCUGGUUCUACCGGUGUCCCCAAGGGUGUGGUUCUGCAGCACAAGCAGAUCCUCGCCUCUGUGGCCGGUGUCACCAAGAUCAUUGACCGAUCUAUCAUCGGCAACACAGACCGGCUUCUCAACUUCCUGCCCCUCGCACACAUUUUCGAGUUUGUGUUCGAGAUGGUCACCUUCUGGUGGGGUGCUUCUCUGGGUUACGGAACCGUCAAGACCAUUUCCGAUCUGUCCAUGAAGAACUGUAAGGGAGACAUUCGAGAGCUCAAGCCCACCAUCAUGGUCGGCGUUCCCGCUGUCUGGGAACCUAUGCGAAAGGGUAUUCUUGGCAAGAUCAAGGAGCUGUCUCCUCUGAUGCAGCGGGUCUUCUGGGCCUCAUUUGCCGCCAAGCAGCGUCUCGACGAGAACGGACUCCCUGGUGGAUCUAUCCUCGACUCGCUCAUUUUCAAGAAGGUCAAGGACGCCACUGGAGGCUGUCUCCGAUACGUGUGUAACGGAGGUGCUCCAGUAUCUGUCGACACCCAGAAGUUCAUCACCACUCUCAUCUGUCCCAUGCUGAUUGGAUGCGGUCUGACCGAGACUACAGCCAACACCACCAUCAUGUCGCCUAAAUCGUACGCCUUUGGCACCAUUGGUGAGCCCACCGCCGCCGUGACCCUCAAGCUCAUUGACGUGCCUGAAGCCGGCUACUUCGCCGAGAACAACCAGGGAGAGCUGUGCAUCAAGGGCAACGUCGUGAUGAAGGAGUACUACAAGAACGAGGAGGAGACCAAGAAGGCGUUCUCCGACGAUGGCUAUUUCCUCACCGGUGAUAUUGCCGAGUGGACCGCCAAUGGCCAGCUCAGAAUCAUUGACCGACGAAAGAACCUCGUCAAGACCCAGAACGGAGAGUACAUUGCUCUGGAGAAGCUCGAGACACAGUACCGAUCGUCGUCGUACGUGGCCAACCUGUGUGUGUACGCCGACCAGAACCGAGUCAAGCCCAUUGCUCUGGUCAUUCCUAACGAGGGCCCCACCAAGAAGCUUGCCCAGAGCUUGGGCGUCGAUUCUGACGACUGGGACGCCGUCUGUUCCAACAAAAAGGUGGUCAAGGCUGUGCUCAAGGACAUGCUCGAUACCGGCCGAUCUCUGGGUCUGUCCGGCAUUGAGCUGCUGCAAGGCAUUGUGUUGCUGCCUGGCGAGUGGACUCCUCAGAACAGCUACCUGACUGCUGCCCAGAAGCUCAACCGAAAGAAGAUUGUGGAUGAUAACAAGAAGGAAAUUGAUGAGUGCUACGAGCAGUCUUAG